AUGACAUCGUAUUUAAAAAUUGUUCGGAGGUUAAAGCGAUCCAUGUCUCCAGUUUCCUUUGGAAAGCAACAGAACGGGAAUGUCACACAACUGAAGCAACACACCGCAGGAGCCGCAAGACUAUCACAAGCCAGUGUAAUAAGCUAUGCAAGCCAGUUCAGCCGGGCGGCCCGGCGAAGUAGCGACACGAGUAGUGAUGAUGGAAAACCUGUCAGAGAUUUCUUUAAGAAUAUAAUGCAGAAACUGUGUCCUGAGCGGCCCAGAUAUUUCAACCGACCUCUGGCAGACAAACAUGACUGUAAUGAUGAGUAUUUUGAAUUUUUUGUCCUUUUGACUAUUUUAGUAAACUGUGUUUUUCUAGCACUGACAAAUCCACCGGAGGAGCCUGAAUAUGUUUUUGCAGCUAUUUAUACCAUUGAAAUGAUUUUGAAAAUAAUUUCUAAAGGAUUUGCGCUUCACAAAUAUGCUUACUUACGAGACCCUUGGAAUUGGUUAGAUUUUGUGGUUGUGAUUUUAGGGUAUGUAACACUCGCUCCUGGCGUGCUGGCAAAUCUGUCAGGGAUUAGGACGUUUCGCGUUUUUAGAGCCUUGCGGACAAUUUCAGCCGUGAAAGGGCUAAAAAUGAUGGUAAACACCCUCCUGGUUUCAAUGAAGAUGCUAUGGGAUGUACUCAUUCUCACUAUGUUCUUCAUUUGCAUUUACGCACUUGUCGGAAUGCAAGUGUUUGUGGGUGUACUAAGAAAUAAAUGCGCGGAGCCUGUGCCAGAAAAUCUUCAAAUUUCGUACAAGGAUUACGCAUCCAACUCAAAUGUGUGGAUACUUGAUCCCGAUGGACAGCCUAUCGUUUGCGGAAAUAUUUCUGGUGCGAUGCACUGCGCGGCCAAUCAGAGCUGUCUUUCUCACGCAGGCGCAAAUCCAAACUAUGGAUACACCAGCUUUGAUCACUUCGGCUGGGCCAUUAUGACGUCAUUUCAACUUGUUACCUUAGACUUCUGGGAAAAUGUGUACAAUAAUAUCCUAUUUGCCAUGGGUCCCUGGUCUUUAAUUUAUUUCCUAAGCAUUGUGUUGUUUGGCCGAUUUUAUCUCAUCAAUCUUGUUCUUGCUGUAGUGGCUGCAUCUUAUGAAAAUGAAGUGCAAAACUCUCGACAGGAUAAUGACAGCUUACGUCUCCAGCAGAAACAACAAGGCUCUUCUUUCUCACUGCGCAGCCGUAGAAGCAUUAUGAGUCUCGUGUACGGAGAACAAGAUGUGGUCCUGGACGAGUCAAUUCACCGAGCCAUGUUCGAUGUGGCAGCUUAUGAUAAAACUCAUGACUCGUUGGCUCUGACGCAGGCAGAAUCUGCAUCAGUUUUCCAAAUAAAUCAAAGUGAAAGAGACUCAAAGCAAACAAAAGUUAUGAAUAAAACUGCAGAGAAUAACAAUUCCGGUGAGAGUCAUGUUAAACCUCUUAAAAAGUGCUGCUCUUGCUGCGGAGCUGGAAUCUUGUUGAAGUGUGGUUUCUGGAGACCGUUCCGGAAACACGUAAAGCGGAUCGUGGAACAUAAAAUGUUUGAGGCUGGUAUCAUCAUCAUUAUUCUGAUCAACACGCUGUUUAUGUCCCUACAAUAUCAUGGAAUGAACGAGGAUUUGGCAUUAGCAGUUGAUAUUGUUAAUCUGGUUUGCACCUUCAUAUUUUUGAUGGAGAUGAUUCUGAAGUUGAUCGCUCUCAAGCCAAGUGGUUACAUCAAAAGCCGGUGGAAUAUUUUUGAUGGAGUUGUUGUUGUAAUUAGUCUCAUAGAUACGGUAUUAACUUUGUCAAACCUCAUCGACAACACAGGAACAAGUGUUCUAAGGUCUUUCAGAUUGGUCCGCAUUCUAAAGCUCGCUAAAUCCUGGAGUACGAUGUCCAGUCUUUUAGCCACCAUAGGUCAAAGUCUGGGAGCUCUUGCCAAUCUGUCCGUCAUAUUAGCCAUCAUCAUUUAUAUCUUCGCUGUGGUCGGAAUGCAGUUAUUUGGUUCAUCUUACACAGCGGAUAAAUUCGAUGGUGAAGUCCCUCGGUGGAGAUUUACAGAUUUCUGGCAUUCGUUUCUGUUAAUAUUUCGGAUUAUUUGCGGGGAGUGGAUUGAGCCUCUAUGGGACUGCAUGAGAGCUGCGGGACCCGCUUCUAUCAUACUCUUCAUACCAGCUUUUCUUUUAGGACACUUUAUUAUCCUUAAUCUUUUCUUGGCACUGCUACUGAGUUCGUUUGCUGGCCAAGCCUCGCUGUCUUCCGCUCGAGGAAACAAAAAGAACCGUAUCUUAGGUCGGCUGAGGAAAGUUGUAAUUGCAUCCAACUUUAUAAAAAGGAUGAAAUCCAAGGUGUGGCCCGCUCCGAACAAAGACACACAAACAGAUGAGGUGAUAGAAAUCGGUAACGGCCAUGCAGAAGCAAUUAGUCCAGCAUCGAGGAAAGCUUCUUGUGUGACAAGCCCGAAUGAUCCGCCACCAAGACGAGUGUGUUGUUGUUGUUCGCUGAACAUUCGGGAAUACGAAGUCGACAGCUGUUUUCCGACGAUACAUGGCUGCUGCACGAAGUUUGAUGAGACAACUUGUCACGUGAUUUGGAUCUGGAUUCGUUACAAGGUGAAAUGCUUUGUGGAACACAAGUACUUUGAAUGGUUCAUAGUGUUUCUGAUUGCAGCGAGCAGCAUUGCAUUGGCUUUUGAGGAUGUGCACUUAGACAGCAGACCGAUAUUAAAGGAAGUGUUGAGGGUCUUAAAUAUCUUCUUUGCUGUUGUGUUUGUGCUUGAAUUUAUCCUCAAACUCAUCGGUCUCGGCUUCACCACAUAUUUCUCAAGCGCCUGGAACUGGCUUGACGUCGCGAUUAUUGUGGUUUCUCUUAUCGCUCUGUUUGGUAACGAGGAGGUCAUGUCUAUUCGGUCCUUGAGGACGUUAAGAGCUUUGCGACCACUAAGGGCGAUCUCUAGAUUUGAAAGAAUGAGGGUGGUUAUCAGCUCUCUGUUUCACGCCAUACCUGGGAUUGCCAACGUUCUGCUGGUGUGCUUGGUAUUCUGGCUGAUAUUCAGCAUCAUGGGGGUCAAUCUUUUUGGCGGGAAAUUCUACAAGUGUGUUGACGCGCGCGGCGUCAAAUAUGACGCUUCUGUUGUGCCAAAUAAGACCGUAUGCCUUCAGAGGGGAGACCGCUGGAUUAACUCUAAUGUCAACUUUGAUAAUUCUGGAAACGGAUUCUUAGUCCUUCUUCAAGUAAAUCGCUAUCAAGCAAUGGUGUUUGAUAUGGUGGAAAAUCGUAAGUUUGAGAUCUUUAUCAUCCUGGUGAUCACAGUGAACAUGAUAGUUAUGAUGGUGCAACACUAUGGCCAGCCCCCACAAGUCACACGGGUGCUCGAUAUCUUCAAUAUCAUUUUCACCUGUAUUUUCAUCAUUGAGGCCCUGUUGCGAAUCAUUGCCCUACGAUGGGGAUAUUUCCUACAGCGCUGGAAUGUGUUUGACUUCGUCAUUGUUUUACUCUCCAUAGUGGGUAUAAUAGUGGAGAGCUUAAACAAAACAGGAAUCAUCAUAACACCCAAUUUACUGCGCGUUGUUCGCGUGUUCCGAGUUGGAAGACUACUACGCUUCUUUGAGAAAGCUAAGGGGAUUCGACGAUUAAUGUUUUCAUUAGUUGUUUCCUUGCCAGCUCUCUUCAAUGUGGGUGCCAUACUUUUUCUUAUUGUGUUUAUCUACGCCAUUAUUGGGAUGUCAUUCUUCGCGCAUGUCAAGAAGACAGGGGCGUUAAAUGAAGUGGUUAAUUUUGAAACCUUUUUAAACUCGAUGUUGUUGAUUUUUCGUCUGAUGACAGCAGCGGGCUGGAACGAUGUUUUGGAGCCCUUGAUGAUAAAACCACCCGACUGUGAUCCAAAUUAUAAAGGACUUUCCAACGGAAACUGCGGAAAUGGUUGGAUUGCUGUUUGCUAUUUUUCCAGCUUUAUCGUAAUUAUUUUCCUAGUUCUUAUUAACAUGUAUGUGGCGGUUGUAUUGGAAAAUUACAACAAUGUCAUGGAGCAGGAAAAGAUAGGAAUUACCGGAGAGGAUGUAGAUUUGUUUUAUCAGCACUGGAAAUUGUAUGACCCCGAUGGCACCCAGUAUAUUUAUUACAAGGAUCUUUCAGACUUUCUGCACACCUUAGGAGGAAACUUGAAGAUUAAGAAGCCAAACAAGGCCGCAUGCGCAUUGCUGAACAUACCGCUGUACGAAGACGACAAGAUUUUCUGUCUGCACUUGUUGCAAGUUUUGGUGAAGAGAGUUGUAGCCGGAUACGAAGAUAGCAACUCCGAGGAGUUUAACAUGGUCAUGAAACGAAUGGAAGAAAGAUUUAAAACUAAUUUUCCCGCUACUAAUGAGAACCGUCCAACCAUCACGACAAUGGACAAAAAGCGACAGAUUGCGGCUGCGAGGGUCAUAACACGUGCUAUCAGAAGAUAUCGAGAGAGGAAACGGAGAGAAGCUUUCAGACUAAGUCUUGGUGAGACAAAAAGUUCAGUAGAUAUGGGAAUGAUCCCGCACUUAGGGGAAACAAAAAGCCGUGUAGCCGCCUUAGUUUUAACUGAGAAGAGACUGAGUGAUUCUCUCCCCGACUUAUGCAAAAGUUCUCGCCAGGCAGGCAGAGAAAAAUACAAAGUAACUAUAACAAGGACGCCUUCAUUCGACAGAGCCGUUUUCAACAGAGAGGAGGUCUUGAGACAAGAAGCACUUGUUAAUGCUCCGCUAAAGAACGAAAAAGUAUCGGAACAACCUAAAAGUUACGAAAAGUGAAUACUGGCCAUCCUGAAACCACUUCAAAUUUGAUAACUGUUUUUUAAUUUAACUGCGUUUGAUUUAAAUAUAUCACAAGUUUUGUAAAGAAUAUUAAAGAUGAAACUUCUUUC